UAUACCGGAGAGUCGAGAGUGAUGCAUGUCUUUAACAUGUUACUAGAUUUUGGAGUCAACUCACCAUUUAUAAAGGUUGACUCUGUAAGGUGGUGAAACACUUGUUUUAUGGGUGAAAAAUGCUUUAAUUAUCACCUGGUAUAAAACAUUUGUAAGAAACUAAUUACAGACAAGAACUUUCACUGAAAAAUUUGUUGACUUAAACAUUUUAAAUGUGAAUAAUAAACAGAUGGAUAAGAAUUUCGUCAGGUCUUAAAACACAUUCGAAGUUCCUCUUCCCUAUUCCCGACCAUCUUUUAAAUAUAUUCAGAAAUACGAUGAGAGAGACGUCAGCAGUGUUUGUGUAUGAUGUCUGGUACUGGCGUGUGUGGCAGGGGAACACCUGAGUUGGACGUCAGCACCUGCGUGAGGCUGGUGUCCCUGGCUCGUUCUCUGCUCUGCUGAUGGCACCUGUCUCAGGAACUAGGGACUGCUACUCGCUUCACACUUAUCAGGGCUUGAAAGAGAGGCUACACCAGGAUCUUUUGCAGUCCAUACGUUGUGAAUUCCUAAACGAGACUUCAGUACCCUUGAACCAUUCAGUUGAAAGCCUUGAUAACACACUUUAAAUGUACAGGCUUAGGGCUUUAAGUGAAUAUAAUAACAAUCACCCCUUCAAACAACUUCAAAUUUUCUAGGACUCUUUUGCUUACCUCGACAGCUUAGUUAAUACAUUGGAAAACCACAACAUCGCAUAAAUCAUCCCUAAACAGUCUCCAAAACACCCUCUCAAAUCCCAUCCUUCGACACUCAACACCUUCCAAUGCCCUAACGCCGGGUCACCAACUGGACAAGAUCCGGACCGGGACAGUACCAGCGGACUUCAUCCAGUCCAAGCCUCCCCGUGCCUUAAGUUAAAACGUUUAAACCCUAACAAGACCCCUACUGAUCCCUUACCCCUAUACCCCUUAGAAGAGGCUCUACUUCUCCGUGCCCGUCUCCCCUAAGACAGUAUGAGCCAGGCAGUAGAGAGACGGAGGGAUAUGGGUGGCCCCGAUGUCCUUUCGCCCUUCUACGUUCCCCCCGACCGUAAGACCUCCGCCCAAAUCAUCCGAGAGGCGCGGGCGUCCCUGGGCGACUCUCCGCUGGUGGGUGGUGCCAGCGUGCAGCGGAUGGGCGUGAGAACGGUGCAGACGAAGCGGCCCUUCACGCCCAGGGAGAGAGAGAGGACUCUCUUCAGCGGCACCGUUACCACGCGAGGAGAGCGUCCUCCCAGCUCCUUCACACUCUCGCCGCUUCACUUCGACAGCAAUGACGUUAGCGGUCGUGCGUCUGCUUCAGGACCCAGGCUGCUGCCCAUCGCCUCCGCCAAGCUUCGAGUCGAUGAUGUGGACACGACCAAGCUUCCAGCACUGAUAUCAUCUCGUCGCGUCCAGAGACACCAGUUCCGUGCAUUCUCUCUCUGCGACUUGCCAGAGGAAACAGAAGAGGGGGAUGAUACUGGACGGACGCCGAGGAAAACACUGGGCGCCCUUCCUAGAAGCUCCACACUUACCAUUAUACACAGCUUGUCUUCAGAGGAUAGCGAGGAGAAGGAGGACCACGUCUCUCACAACUCCAGUCCCAGCCCAGAAUCGCGACCAGACAACAUCAAGAAGGUGCGUCUGGGGGGGGAGGCAGAGUCGAUCACUUCGUCACCGUUGUUCCAGCAGCUGCUUAACAACUCUGACCUGGAGGUGAGUGACCUGGAAUCUUCACUGAAGCUCAGAAGGGAGUUCCAGCAGCCACUGCAGGAGACUUGCAAGGGCUCUAAGGCACCGCCGGAGCCUAGCAGACUUCUACAAGAGCACCGGCCGCCACUCUUACAGCCGGGGGUCGUAGGUCAGGUGGACGAUUCCAUGCUAGCUGCCAAAGUGGUUCUCAAGCCACCUAUCCGCGGCAAGAAGUUAGAAAGGAAGAAGAGCAUUUCUAAGCGUCCUGGAGUGGACAGGGACUGGCGCCAUGCUGUUGAAGGUCGUGUCAACAACCAGUCAACUGAACCUGAGGAAGGUGAAGUGGAAGCCAGGAGCUCCGAGGUUGCUGCCGCUCCACGCGAGGUAGCUGUGGACCAGACUGUCUACUAUGAGGAGAAGAUUGCUCCCAUCCUGGACGAAAUCAAUCGGGCAGUGGGUUGUGCUGGUGUGGGAGAAGAUGUACUAGGAGAACUCGUAGGGAAGUUGUACACCUGCCUGGAAGCUGGUGGUCUCCUGGGACGACACUUCCGCUACAGAUCACAGGUGUUAAGGGCAGUGUUCCGCCUUGUCGACCGAGAACACGGAGCGCUCCUCGCCAACAUUGCCAGAGUCAUGCUUGCGCUGAAGGUAUCAGGGAGCAACCUGACAUCAGUGUGCAAGCUAGUGUUUAAGGUGACACGCCAUGACACCAAUGAUGCACUCUUCCUGGAGGGUAACCUGCUGGACCUGCUGCUCGAGGCUGUGGCCUGCGUGCCACCACUCGACCAGCCUGAGGCUUGUGUCUACGGCUAUGGUGCCCUCAAGUUCCUCACUAUGAACUCCCAGCUGGUCUCCAGGCUGCUCAAUCGUGGCAUCCUGGAGCUUCUUGUCCUCCAUAUGAAGCUUAUUGUCAACCAUCAACAAGAGACUGGUAAUGUGCCAGAGCAAACCCACUAUGCUCUGGUGCAACUGACAGGAACCCUCCGCCAUGUCAGUAGCUGUGAGAGAACCUUUCCUCUUCUGCUGGUGACGGGCGCUGUUCCUCAGGUGUGCGCCCUCCUCCACCAUUUCUCACACGACCAAGAUGUCACUGCUAAUGUUGUCAGGAUACUCAGUAUCAUCUCGACCCAUGAGGAGUGUUGUGCUGCAGCUGCUGCCCACCCUGCCACUCUACCUGCUGCUGUGGCUGCCCUCCGCCGCCACUCUGCCUCCCCUGCUAUAGUGGUGAGGCUGGCUUAUGCCCUCGGCAACAUGAUGGCCAACUCUGAUGAUGCCAGAUGGAAGUUGUUCAGUGAAGAUGGGUUCACGGAGACGCUGCUGGAGCUGCUGAUGGAGUACCUGCGACGGGACCGCCACCACCAGGCUGAGGAGAUCAUGGAUAACCUCUCUCCAGCCAGCGGAACCCCGGAGGAUGUCAUGGUCAAGCUGAUCCGGGUGCUGGCCAAUGUGUCUGUGCACGCACGUGUGGGACCAGUGCUGGCACGCUCACGUACCUGCCUCUCUCUGCUCAUCUCUGUGCUGCAACACAAGGCUGUGGACGAGAGUGAGGAACUGGUCUUGUCUGCCCUUGCUACACUUAACAAUCUCACCUUUUACACCCGUGACCAGCCUGUCUCCGCCCUACAUACCCAGCUGGCAGAGUGUCUAUGUGACAUGCUACCAAUGGACCACGUCGAGGGACUAGUGGAGACCAUCCGUGUGUUUGGUAACCUCACACACUUUAAGGAUAUCAGAGAUAUACUCACUAAGCGUGCUGUGUUGGAGGUGUUGGUGGAAAUGCUGGAUUGUGACUCAAGGGAGCUGGUCUACGUGUGUGCUGGUGUUCUUGUUAAUCUAAUGUCGGAUGCUUCCAGGCGAUCUAUAUUUAAAGAUGAAAAUGGAGUUCUCAGAAUGAUUGAUGUGCUUCAGUACUUUGGCUAUGGAGACUGGCAGUUGUGCAGUCUUGCAUGUCAGGUGCUUUGGAACUACUGUGCUUCGGCUGCUGAUGUUGAAGAUACGCUUGGACACAAAGAAACAGAAAAACUCAUUUUUGUAUUGGAAGAAUUUUUAGAUGAUGACUCCUACUUCAAUAACCCUGAGGUGUUUGGGGAGUGUGACCCAGAAACAAAGGACAUCGUGUAUCAACUAUGGGAGGACUUUGCACACGUUGCCACCAAACUCUUAGAUCGUAUAGAGGAGAAUACUUCAGCACUCCCAGUUAUUGCAUCCUCAUAAGAUAUUUUAUAGCUGCUUAUGUAAAUAUAGUAGUAUACAGCACAGUAGAUCCUCAGUAUUCACACCAUGAACAUUCACAUAACUUAAUAUUCAAGUUAUUGUUUUAUGAAUCUUUUGUAAUUAAUCUCCACUAUUUGUGGGGCUUUCUUAGGGCCUGGCAACUAGUCAGCCAGUCAAAACUGUAAACAUUGAAGUAAAACUAUUUUAUUAUAUCAUGUACAAAUGUUAAUAUAGUUCUGUAUUGUACAUAUUUAUUUACCAUAUUUUUGUGAAUAUAAACAGUUUAGUCUAACCCAGAAUUAAUACUUAUAUCACAGUGAUCACUGGUGUUGUUCACAAAUUUUAGGAAUAUCAAGCUCCUACUAUACACAUAUAUUGACACUGUAAAAUAAUGUAUUAAAUGUAUGAUUAGAAAAUUCACAUAUAUAGUGUAUAUCACUUACAUUAAGUGUAUGUAUUUUAGAUUGGCUAUCAUAAGAUGCUGGCCUGUGAUGCUUUUAUGUGUAAAAAAAAUCUGUUUUUAAUUUCACUAUGCCAUGUACAUAUAUUAUUAUUCAUUUUCAGAAUAAUCUUUGUACAUUCCACAUACUUUGAAGGAUUAGUGGUAAUGUUGCAACUCAGAGUCAUUUGAAUGGUGGUGUGUGUGUACGUACCUUUAGCAAGGCAGCUAUUGAAUAAGUGAUGGCUAAUGUGUUUUCUUGUUUUGGCUUAUGUUACUUUGGUGGGAAAUAGUUGAUGGGGUAAUUUUUUAAUAUACAAUAUGCUAAACUCAAUUUUUUGUCUGUUAAAAUUACAGUUAGGGAGAGGAGAACAUGUAUAUAUCAAAAAAAUAUACUCUAUAUAAAGUACCAGUAUGUAGAUUGUACCCAGUAACUAAAGAUGUUAUAAUUUAGAAUUGUUAACAAUUUCGAGGUCAGUGUUGUUGUUCUUCAACUUUGAAGCGUGGAUCGGUCCCGUAGAAGCCUUCAAGAGGAAACUGGAGGAGUAUCUUCACCAGGUGCCAGAUCAACCAGGCUGUGAUGGAUAUGUGGGGCAGUGGGCCUCCAGCAGCAACAGCCUUGUUGAUCAGGUAAGCACCGGACAAGCCUGGCCCAUGGCUGGGCUCUGAGAAUAGUUAAACUCUCGAAACUCUUCAAAGGUAUAUCAAAGGUAAGGUAGUAGUAUUCAAUGAGCUCAGCUCUCUUAAAUAAACUGUGAGUGAAUGGGUCUGUGUGGUAAGUGUGCACCAUAUAAAAAAAAUCUUGCAGCACAUGGUGCAUUAUGGAGAAAAAACUGUGACAGCGUUUUUGGCUUAAAACAGCGAAAGAUUUUUUGAAUUAGAAAGGCCAGGAUCAAGGGGUCAGAGGUAAAAGUUGAAGACUCAGAGGAACUUUGCAGUGUAUUUUCAUAUGGUUUUUAUCUUUGUAUUCUCGGUUUCUGGGUCUCAUUUGAUAGAAUGGAAAACAUAUUACAGAAAUAGAGAGAAUCUUGAUUGGUUUCAGGACUGAAAGUAGCUUAAAAUUGAGCUCAAAGUAGUGGAAAUGUUCAAUUUUUGCCGAUAUUCUAGAGUACACAAAUUGUCACUCAUCCAAUACCUGUCCAGUUGGUCGGUCUGAUACGUGUUCAGAAAUGUGCUGAUAUGGUUUAUACAAGUAUUACAAUAAUGCAGUAGUCUGCAUAACAGUAAAUCCUUUAUUUUUUGUGUGAAUAAAAGUUCAACAUGGGAAAACAGGCAUAAUAUAGGAUAGGCCUGAGGAUGUGACUAAUGAACAGAGGAAAUGUUGUUUUAGUGCCAGGAAUGUCUACAGUGUUUAUUCUGGACCCUAUUUUGAAAUUAGCAGUUCUUGAAUUUUGUUGGGUAGUUGAAAAUAGGUAAAUGGGCAGUUCCUUGUACUCGAUCGACAGAAUAAAAUUAAUACUAGAGUUUGGCAGCUUGAAGAAUGGAAUUGGCCACAAAUAAGGCUGAAAUUGGCUGAAAUUGCUGAUGCAUAAAUAUUGCCAAAACCGCUAACUUUAUGAUAGCGUAAUUCCGUAAGUUUUCCAUCAAAUUUCAUACUUUUGGUUUCAAUAUGUUUGGAAAAUGAUUCUGUAUCAUCUCAUUUCUUUUUAAAUUCUCCGACCCUGAGAUCAAGUUUCAGAUCAGAGGUUCCGACCCUGAAAGGGUUGAAUACAGUGCAGUAUAUAAAAUGGGUUUCACAGAUUUUUGCAAAUGAUAUGGUUAUUAAUUACUGCAUUUAUGUGUUUGAGACAAAAUAAUACAUUCGAUACAUCCGGUAUGUCAAAUAUAACAAGUGCUGUAUAGAAGACAUUUGUUAUUUUAGUGUUUGAUAUUAUGCAACCAUAAAUUACAAUUUAAUCAAUCAGGGACUUCAAGGUGGGUGACAAUUUUAACAUAACCUUGUUCUUGGCUAGGUGUGGCUUGACAUGCUGAGAGGAGCUUGCCUCCAGUUCGUUCUGUAAGAGAUGAGGUGAACCAUGAGGUGAGGAGAAAAAGGUAGGGUGCACUGAGGCAUCUGUGCAGACAAAGAACUUUAUCCAUGAAGACAAAAAGGGAAGGGUGCCAGAGUAUAAUGGUACCAACACUUGUAUGGAUGCCAAGCAUGGGUUUUGAAUGUUGCAGCAGGGAGUAGGCAGUAGGGGUUAAUGACAUGGUUUAGAUAUUUAGAGAGAAUGGAGAUAAAUAGGAUGACUAGGAGGACAUAUAAAUUUGGGGAAAGAGGGAAGGAGAGGUAGGGGUCAUCCAAAGAGGGAGUAAAGGAAGUUUUGAGUGCUAGGGGCUUGGGCAUCCAACAGGCUUUUGUGAGCAUGUUGGUCAGGAAUGAGUGGAGGCAAGUGGUUUUUAUGAGUUGAUAUGCUGUUGGAGUGUGAGCAAGGUGACAUUUAUGAAGAGAUUCAUGGAAACCAGUUAGUCCUGGUGGUGGGAGGUACAGUACCUGCACUCUGAAGGAGGAGUGAGGAUGCUGCAGUUUGGAGGGUAAUCUUAACUAUGAUGUCAACACCCUUUUGGCAGGACAGUGAUUGAAUGAGUGACAGUUAAAGUAUUUUCUUCUUUGAGGGAUACUGCCAUAGUGUUAAAAAAAUAUUAUUGCUUUUAUUAUAAAUCUGGGUGUACACUGUGUACCAGCCUAAGCCAAUAGUACUGAUCAUAAAACAACCUCUAUUAACACUGAUCAUAUUUUAUUUAUUUUCAUAUUCAUGGGGGAAGCACAAAAUACCUGAGGGUCAAACAGCACCUGGGAAAUGGGAGGCAAUCAAAUUUGACCCAAAGAAAGGCACGAAUAAUCAAUUUCUUGUAUCAAGCACCCUUCACCAGCAUCAAGGCAUUUUCCCUUGAAGAGGUGUAAAGGAUACCAAUCCAGAAAACACAAAAACAUAAUUCACCUUUCACAAAUAGUGGUCUUGUUGUAAUGUUUUAGUUAUGGCACUUUGACUUGUAUAGAAACAUGAUAAUUUAGGCAUGCAGGUGUCCCUGGCUUUAUGCAUUAAAUGUUUUACAGGGCCAGGGCAGCUGUACUAAGUGUAGUUGGAUAAUCAGCACCUAAUUCUACAUAAUAAGUGUCUUGAAAAAUCUUUGUGAACUUGCACUGUUCACAUGCAGCGAAUGUAUAACUGGUAUACAGGAUUACUGAUAGAAAUGGGACCGCAUAAUAGUGAAUUCGCUUAAGACAAACCUACAGUAAACACAAAAACCUGUAUUGUAUAUGUAAAUAGAACCAUGAUUUUCUAUUUUGUUAAAUAUCAGGGGGCUUCCCCCUGAUUGUCAACUCUUAAUACUAAGAGCUUGAACUCUUAAGAGGUCAAGAUUUCAGAAUUAUAAUAAGGUAGCAUUAAAAUGAAGUGUUCAGUUUGCAUCACAUUUUCUAAAAGUACUGUGCAAUAAUGAUUAUGAUAAGUCCCUUCAAGGAAGGCACCUUAAUGCUGGCUAAGGGCUCUUUGAUCCAAAGAAUUUGAGCUACCCUGCCUUUCCUUGAAUUAAAUUUAAUUGCCUCUUAUUCUCCAGGUGUUGUAUAGCCCUUAUGGGUUUAGUGCUGCCUAAUGAAUAUAAUAACAAGUAACUAAAGGCACAAAGUGAAGGUGUACAGGUGUGAGAGAAGAGCUAGUGUGAGCAACAAAACUGUAAUAUGAAUGCUAAUCUUUAUAGAUGUUUAACAUGGGGUGUUCUCUUUAGAGGGGAACAAGUAGUACUAACAAAAUAUAUUCUCAUAUGUAUCUUUUAGUUACUUGUCAAAAUUAUAGUCACUAAAUGGGAUUACUGUAUUACUGACGGUUAAAAUAAAAUACUACGAAUUAAAAUAGAUAAAAGUUUUCACGAAUAUAAGAACUUUAAAAAUCAGUUCAAUAUCUUCUAAUUAUACAUAUUUUAAAUAAAAAUAUUUUAUAGAUAACUUUAAAAAUGUAGUAUCUGGAUAAAGGUGAUAAUCUUUAAAUAUGACUGUGAUUAAUUAUAUUUACAAGAAAUUGCAAUUACAGUAAAGAAUCCUUUAUCCAAAAUCCAAAAGCCUCCAAAAUCUGAGUGUUUUGAGUGUUGACAUGAUGCGUCGCAAAUGGAUCAUUGAGAACAAGAUGUGAUGGAGGUGCAAUCCUCCAUCUGUUGAGUCCAGACAUGCUUCACAUUUGUACUAGUGCCACUUUGUUGUCAGCGGAAAUUACUCUCUGACUACCACUUGUUUUGUGCUCUGUGGUGUGAAGAUAUUGUUGAAAAUGUCAAAAAGGCAUAUGGGUAAUGGUUAAAAGAAAAAGAGGAAGCAUUUAUGUUUUUAUAUAUCACAGAAAGUCAAGUUGUUGGAAAAACUUGACAGUGGCAUAAGUGUGAAGUGUCUGACUGGGAAGUUUGGUGUUGGAACAACCACUAUCGACCACCUAACCAAACAGAAGGACAAACUGUUGAAGUUCUGUGCUGAAAGUGUUGAACAGAAGUUAAUGAAAAAACAGAAAAAACAUUGCACAGAAGGAAAAAUGAAGAUUGUGAUCAUGUAUUGGAGUGGAUUUGUCAACACUGGAGUGAGCACAUGCCUCUUAACAAAAUGCUGAUCACGAAACAAACAAAAAUCUAUUAUGAUAACUAAAUAUUAAAGGUAACUGUGAAUAUUCUGCUGGCUAGUUACAAAAAUUUAAGAAAAGACACAGCAUUAAAUAUUUAAAGAUUAGUGGUGAUAAAGCAUCUGCUGAUCACAAAGCAGCAGAGAAAUUCAUUUGUGUGUUUGGCAAGAUUGUUGCUGGUGAAAAUCUAAUGGCAUAGUCUAGGCCUACAUUUAUCUUCUUUUUAUAAGCAGUGAUCGUGUUUCUUGGUACUGUACUUGUACAGUACAAUAAUGUGUUUAGACUUGGGUCCCAUCCCCAAGUUGUCCCAGUUUCCAAAAUCUGAAAUAGGAAACACUUCUGGUCCCAAGCAUUUCGGAUAACGGAUUCUCGACUGUUUUUAAUUUUGUUAUAUAGUACUUGUAAAUGUUAAAACAAUUAUUGUUAUAUACAGUGGAUAUAUUGUAUUGUAUAUGCCAGUAAUAGUGUAUAAUAUUUUAUCCAUGGUGCUUUUUUUUUUUUUUUUCCAACAAGCCGGCCGUCUCCCGCCAAGGCAGGGUGACCCAAAAAGAAAGAAAAUACUUUCAUCAUCAUUCAACACUUUCGCCUCACUCACACAUAAUCACUGUUUUUGCAGAGGCGCCCAGAAUACAACAGUUUAGAAGUAUAUACGUAUAAAAAAUACACAAUAUAUCCCUCCAAACGGCCAAUAUCCCAAACCCUUCCUUGUGGUGAGAUAUUACUACUAAUUUAAAAUUAAGACUUUAUAAAUUGAUCUGCAGGUAGAAUCUUACCUAUGUUGAAGGUCUGAAUGCUGCAGAUAAACCAGCAUCUGGAAUCUUGACUUUCUUACAGAUGCAGAUGAUUUUAAACUUCAUGACUUUCCUUGAGAUUAUAUUGUCCUAAAGGAAACUACUUCCAAUUCUGAUAGUUCUGUGAGGUGGUAAAUCUCAUUAUUUAGUGUGAAGUAUUUUAUAAUGUUUAGGAGACCAAUUGUGCAACGCUAUUCUGUAAACCUCUCAGUUAACAAACCUCUUCAAGGGGGGCUCCUUGGCGUGGUGAAGAGGCUCUUGGUCUGAGGAAUUAGCCCUGUCGGUCUUCUUCCUCAGACUGAACCUAAUUACCCCCCAUUCUCCCCUCCCCUAUCCCAUCCUCCCCCUUUUCCAUUCCUCCUCCUCCUCCUCACCCCUCCCUUUUGCCCUUCCUCUUUUUGGCCUUUGGGAUUUCUCCCACAGGCGCGCUAGUUCCUAGGUAGGGGAAAGGACACCGGGGUCCAUCCCAUUCCGUUGAGGUUCUUGGCGGUGGCAUAGUUUGCCGUGGAAUCUGGAUUGCCUGGGGAUGGCCCGAUCCCUCUCUGGUAUCCCGGAGUAGCUUUGGGUGUCUUUCGGGCGACGGGUGUAUCUCUGGAAGCCACCUUUCGGAUUCCGGGGGUGGUGGCCGAAGGAGGUAUGCUUUGUGGCGGAUAUCCGGCCGCCCUCUCUUUUGUCCACCGAGG